GUGGAUUCCCUGGGUCCCGCCCUUAACAUGGCUCCAGGAGACCCGGACAGAGGCACUUGGGGAGGAAAAAUGGAGUUUCUCAUGACGUGUAUAGGGUAUGCAGUUGGUCUUGGGAACGUAUGGAGGUUUCCGUACUUGUGCUAUAAAAACGGAGGAGGUGCAUUCCUGAUUCCCUAUAUACUGAUGCUGAUAUUAGUCGGCAUGCCUUUGUUUUUUAUGGAGUUGGCCUUUGGGCAGUUUGCCAGCUUGGGCCCUAUCACUGUCUGGAGAAUAAAUCCACUGUUUAAAGAGAGUAGGACUGACUCAGUCCUGAAUUACAUGGCCGCCACAGGUCUGGCAAAUCGUAACAUUCCCGAAACCUAUAAUACAUCGUCAAAUACAUCGACAUUGUUGACAUCCAUCAUUAAAAACAAUGGAAUUAUCAGUCUUUCAGAACGUGUGAGCACGCCUGCUGAAGAAUAUUAUAGUAACUAUGUACUGCAGAAAUCCUCAAGCAUCGAAGAAUUUGGCACAUUAAACUGGAGAUUAGCUCUGUGUCUUCUGUUGAGCUGGAUUGUUGUUGGCGGUGCUCUUAUUAAGGGAGUACAGUCCCUUGGCAAGGUUGUGUAUUUCACGGCCAUAUUCCCAUACAUUAUGUUGACUGUUCUUCUUAUUCGUGGAGUCACCCUUGAUGGUGCUGUCGAUGGAAUUAUUUAUUAUGUCAAACCUGAUUUUAACCGGCUCGCAGACCCCAGGCGAUGCAGCGACACAGAUUUUUUACUCCUAAGUGCCUGCUCAGGAGGUCUCAUAGCAAUGAGCAGUUUCAACAAAUUUACUAACAUUCUCAACAGCUCGACCUCCAUCUUUGCUGGCUUUGUCAUCUUCUCCAUUCUUGGUUUCAUGGCACAUGAGAAGGGUGUAGAUGUCAGUGCAGUUGCCAAAGGAGGUCCAGGGCUUGCAUUUGAAGUCUACCCAGAAGCCCUCUCACGUAUGGUUGUGGCUCCACUGUGGGCAGUAUUCUUUUUCCUGAUGAUGGCGACUCUGGGUUUUGGCUCACAGUUCUCCAUCGUCGAGUGUGUGAUGAGUGCCCUUUUAGAUGAGUUUCCCAGGAUUACGCGAUCUGUCAAGACCAUGAUAACUUUCCGUUUGUCUGUGGUCGUCAUUGGAUUCGGCCUUGGCCUUCCCAUGCUGGUCGAUUACAGUGUGGGUGGUUUCCCUUUGCUUAUCGUCGGCAUUGUGGAGUGUAUAGCAAUCAACUGGAUUUACGGUUUCAAAAACUUCUGGAGGGAUAUUGAAAUGAUGAUCGGGAAUACCCAUAAAAUUUACUGGAAAACAUGUUGGACUGUUGUCUCCCCUUUAGUCAUUUUGAUAACGAUCAUCGUCAAUGCUGUGUUUUACAAAGAGCCCACAUAUAACGGUCUCCCGUAUCCACAGUGGGCCAACAUCCUGGGCUGGCUGAUCGUCAUGUUUCCAAUUUCAGCGAUUCUCUUAUGGUUUUGCUACUAUUACUGCAAGAAAGGAGGCUUUCGA